UGUUUGUAUCGGAGCUGUGAGAUUAAACUGGGCGGCGUGUUCUCGGUCCAAAGACCCACGUUGUGGGACAAGAUUUGCACCAAACCUACCUGCACAUUUCUCAAUACAAUUUAGGCACUCUGUACGAAGAGGAUGGGAGGCAACAGCAGCAGCAGCCACGUCUCGUAUGAAGACGACCACGUUACUUUUGUGAAGGGCAUUCGGCUGACUGACAAAGUCAUCAAUCGGAUGAGAGAGGAGUGCCAGGCCCAGAAGGUUGUCCAACCUCGCUCACAGCAGAAUGGACCUGCUUCCACGCUCUCAACAGAACCUGUGGUCCCUGUGUCCACACCGGCCCCCACGGUCGAUCAUUUGGUCUCCCCUUCCCUCUUUAUCCCCACAGCCCCUCCGUCUCCCCCUGUUCAGCCAGUAAAGCUUACUCCUCCACCUCCUGUCACAUUUGUCUCUGCUCCCUGUCCACCUGCGGUCCUACCCACACCUCCCUGUCCACCUGCGGCCCUACCCACACCUCCCUGUCCACCUGCGGCCCUACCCACACCUCCCUGUCCACCUGCGGCCCUACCCACACCUCCCUGUCCACCUGCGGCCCUACCCACACCUCUCUCUCCACCUAAGGAAUCGAUAGUCCGAGCUCCAGCUGUUGAACCCAUUGUUCCACCUCUAGAUACCAAAGUGCUUCCUCAAGGGGCAGAACCAAUACUUCCUCUGGUGCCUUUAGAACCUAUAGCGCCAUCUUUGGCCCCAUCUCCACCAAUAGAAGAACCCGUACUCCUAUGUACCCCUACCACUGAGGAACCUGUAGUUCUGCCGACACUGGCUGAACAUAUUGUCCCACUUGUCCCUAUAGAACCCGUAGUACCACCUAAGCCUGUGAAACCUGUGGUUCUAGCUUCUCCAGUUGUGGAACCAAUUGUGCUGCCUCCAGUGGUUGAAUCUGUUGUCCUACAUCACCCUGUAGAACAGGUAGACCCACUUACCCCUGACCCUUCACCUGUUGAAGCUAUUGUCCUGCCACCUGUUGUGGUUGAGGAAGUAGCAACACCUACCCUCGUAGAACCGGUAGUCCUGCCACCUGUUGUGGAAUCUGUCACCAUUACGACACCACUUGUUGUUGAAGAGGUUGUCCUACCCACACGUCCACCUGUUGCAGAACCUCCACCUCCCCCAGUCCUAGCACCUAUCCCAGAGCCUAUUAUGGAGGAACUUCCUCCAGCACCAUGUCCCUCCAUGGAGCUGGCCACCCUGCCUACUGCAUCGGCUGCUAGCAAACAAACUGAUCUCCCUCCCCCUGUAGAAGAGCCCAUAGCUCCCCCUCCUCCUCUCUCUGCCCCAGUAGAACCCAUGGUCAGCAUUCCACUACUCCCUCUCAUUGAAAACGUGGCUGUUGUGACCCCCCCUGUGAUCCCACUGCAACCUCCAUUAGUAGUAGAUGAAGAAGUGCUGAGGAGGCAGAUCCAAGCUGAGCUGACGAAGGGCCUGGAAGAGGAGAUGAAAGUGAAGCGGCAAGAGUUUGAAAAACAGUUGUAUGAGGUGAAGGUCCAGGCCAGAGCCCAGGCUCAGGCUGUAGCCCAGGCUCAGAUCCAGGAGGAGGUUAAGAAAAUCCUGGAUGUGGAGAAGGCAGCGCAGGGAGAGAACCUGAUGGCGGCCAUAGAGAAGGAACGCAUGACCACAGAGGAUGAGAGACUCAUGGCCCAGCUCUACUGGCUAGAGCUUAAGGCCCACAAACUGGAGGAGAAAGAGAACCAGGUGAAGAAACAAGAUGCACUCUUCAGGGAACAGGUCGCCAAGCUGGAAGAAAAGAGUGCUCAGUUCUUCAAAGUCACCACAGAGAACUUCAAGAAGGGCAGAGAGGACGCUCACAACACCUUCAAGCGUGUUGACAUCAAGCCAGUGUGUGGUGACCUGCAGAGUCAGAUCCUGAAGUGCUACAGGGAGAACACUGGACAGAGCCUCACCUGCUCUGGCAUAGCCAACUUGUACAUGAAGUGUGUGGACAACCACAAGACUAAGAGUGUUGGAGGUUAGAAGAGCCUAUGGCGUUACUGUUUAACUAGAGGGACAGGAGCUGAACACCAUCAGCCAUCGAGACGCACCAAAAACCAGUUGAACUGUUCUGAGACCAUGACCACUACAGCUGAAGACACUCCUGCUCCACCAUCCCUUCCUCCCAUCCAUGGUAUCUAUAUUACCCCCCCCAUGUCCUGACCCAGUACAGGCUAGAGACUGGUACUGAUGUCAAAGGAUGUGAGAGAGAGCGCACAAUAUGGUUCUUGGGUACACAAAUGGACAGUGCUAUUAGCACUACACUGACGGAAAAUGUACAUUGUUACCAUGACUACACUAUGACAGGAAAUGGAACCGGAAAUGCAACACGUGAACUACACUAUGACAGAAAAUGGACAUUGUUACCAUGACUACACUAUGACAGGAAAUGGAACCGGAAAUGCAACACGUGCACUACACUAUGACAGAAAAUGUACAUUGUUACUGUGACAGGAAAUGUGAGACAUCUCAUCCCUGACUGAAUAUAAAAUGAUUUAUACAUCUCUACCAAUGGAAAUAUUGGGAUUACGGUUUUGUUGUUGACAGCAGUAUGAAACAUAAUGGAAUGGCCAAGUUGUGAAAGAUAUUGUGCAUUGUUUGUUGAGUUAAUAUGCACCUAUGCCUUAAUGUCCUAUCAAAACACAAAUGUUGCCUAUGGGAAAAAAAAUAUUGUAAUUUUGAUCUUUGUUAUAAAAUACAAACUGAUAUGGGGGUGGAAACUGA